AUGGUGGCAUUUUUCGGAGUGUCCGAUUCGAUUGAUAAUCGUCCGUGGUCCUGUCGGAAAUGUCAAAAGGAUGAUGUUGUUAGUGUUGCAUCUAUUUCUCGAGCCUCCCGCGCAUCUGGGAAGUCAGCCAAAUCUGCUAGGAUUAACCUGCAGCUUGAGAGACUGGAAGAGCUCCAAGCAAUACAAAACAAAUUUGUUGAGGAGAAAUAUAAACUACUAGCAUCAGAGAUAGAGGUAGAUAACGAUCGUGUAAGUACUCGAAGCAAAGGCAGUCGAGCUGGUAAGCAGUCGAGCAUCGCCAGAGUUGUGAAUUGGGUGAACGAUUGUGCAGAGCAAACAGAAGGUGCCCAUGAUCCACGUUCAACGGACGGAGGUCCUUCAUCUGUGCCGCCAAUACAGGAACUUAACACCAACCGCAAUGAGCACCGCGCUACCACGACCAGCAACCGUCAACAAACCGUACAUGAUAGUGAGAAACAACGUAGUCCUCUAAAACACCCUUCGUUGCCCCCUCGCCGCUCAGUAGCAACGGUUGCGAAUCGAACGACGGGAGAAGUUUCGAAAACAAUUCCGAAUCAGGACGAAGCUGCAGCAACUAACACCGUAUUCAACAAGAUAGCAGGUACGAUACCACUAGCACAAUCAACACCAACGUAUGGAUCGUGUCCCACAUCGGCAGCGAUGUCAGAAGGAGUGCUUACACACCCACAACCGUCAGCGUCGAUGUUUCCACAACCAGCGGGUUAUUCAUGUGCAUCAGUGCCGCAAAUGGCUCCCGCAUCAGUGCAGCAAUCCGUGAUGCCACCGUCGAUUAAUCCACCCGUACCCGCCUCAUCUCUGCUUGGAUUUGAGUUCGUACCGCCGCCAUCGAUUACAUCAGCACCUGUAAGGUCACAUCUGCCUGGAUUAGCGUUCGUACCACCGCCAGCGAUCACAUCAGCACCUGUAAGCUCAUCUCUGCCUGGAUUAGCGUUCGUACCACCGCCAGUGAUUGCAUCAGCACCUGUGAGGUUAUCUCUGUUUGAAUCAGCGCCUGUGCCACCGCCAGUGACUGCGUCAGCUCCCGCGUUAUCAUAUAGACCAGCGCCUGCAGCUACUUCGUGUUCUCCGUCUUUCACAAGGGCAGUAUCUUUCCCUCUGCCACCAGGUAGGCCAGAAAAUCAUCCCCCAAGAGAAAACACAACAUCAAAUGAAACCGAUAUUAAUCUUCAACAUUUAUUGAAGCAAUUUGGUAGUAUUGCUUUAUUGCCUUCGCAAUCACCAUUCCUCAAUGCAAAUAUAGCCACAUUUACCCCCACCCCCUCGCAGUUGGCUGCCAGGCAAGUUAUGCCUCGUGAUUUACCUCCUUUCUCGGGUCAUCCUACUGAUUGGCCGGUGUUCAUGAGCAGUUUUAUGAAUUCAACGCUUGCUUGUGGAUACUCUAGCGCCGAAAAUCUUUGCCGCCUUCAGCGAAGCCUGAAGGGCGCAGCGUAUGAGGCCGUUUCAAGUCGACUACUCCUCCCUGAAUCGGUACCUCAAAUAAUGGAGACGCUUUAUAUGCUUUAUGGAAGGCCUGAAUUGUUGAUUUCCGCCCUUCUGGAAAAAGUGCGCUCAACUCCUGCGCCAAAGGUUGAAAAAUUCCAAACUAUAAUCGAUUUUGGAAUUUCAAAUCAAAGUCUUUGCGACCACUUGGAAGUUGCGGGACAAACCGCACAUCUGUCGAACCCAACUCUACUCGGUGAACUGGUGGCAAAACUCCCACCGCACCUUCAAAUGGAAUGGGGAUCGUUCCUCCAGAAUUUCGCAGAAGUGAAUUUGAAAACAUUUGCAAUUUUCAUGUCAACCGUAGUGAGAUCAGUGAGUAGUGUAACAGUAUAUGCCAGCAAUAGUGGAAAGUCCAGCGUGGUCGAUAAAAAUCGAUCUAAGUUUAAAGGAAAUGUCAACACCCAUUUGAAUGUAACACAAUCCGCCAAUGAAACUGACUCAUCGACCAACUUGGGAAGAGUGAGAAUGUGUACUGUUUGUGACAGAACGGGACAUCAAAUCCAGGAAUGUCGGACUUUCAAGGCGCUCUCCGUUGAUGAUCGUUGGAAACAUGUGCAAUCUAGCAGACUUUGCCGAAACUGUUUGACUUCACACGGUAGAAGAAGCUGUAGGAAACCUGGCUGCUGUGGAAUAAAUGGCUGCCAAUUUCGUCAUCAUCCGCUCCUUCACUCAUCGCGUAAUAGUCCUGGUACUAGCGUGGUCAACACUGCGGGUAAUUUUACGCAUCGAUUGGUCGAACAACCACUGCUCUUCAGAAUAUUGCCUGUGACCUUGCAUGGACCGAAAGGCAUGGUGGAGACUUUCGCCUUUCUCGACGACGGUUCGUCUUUAACUUUAAUCGAAGAGAACUUAGUCGAACAACUUGGUGUAGAUGGAGUAACGAUGCCUCUAUGUUUAUUAUGGACUGCAAACGUGACUAGAGUGGAAAAAGAAUCUAAACAGAUGUCCCUUACCAUUUCCGCUGCAGGAGGACGAAAGCAUUCACUUGAAGAUGUUCAGACUGUGAAGAAGUUGUCGCUGCCAAAACAAACUCUGUCUUUUGAAUCAUUAAGUGAUCGUUUUGAGUACCUCAAGGGACUGCCCGUAUCGAGUUAUACCGAUGUUACCCCAAAGAUACUAAUCGGAAUUAACAAUUUGAAUUUGAUGGUGCCAUUGAAGAUACGAGAAGGACUUGGCAUGGAACCGGUCGCCGCGAAAACGAGACUGGGGUGGUGUAUUUAUGGCGGAAAAGGAGCCAAAGGUCAGAAGCCUUCAGUGAACUGCCAUUCCUGUGUAUGUGUAUCAUCAGAUCAAACUCUGCACGACAUCGUCAAAGAUUUUUUCACUGCAGAAGAUGUCAGUGCGCUAUCGGUGACGCUGCCCAUAUCAGAAGAGGAGAAACGUGCGCAACGAAUACUUGAAACUACAACGAUUCGAGUCGACACUCAUUAUGAAACUGGACUGCUGUGGAAAUCUGAUUACGUAGAACUCCCGGAUAGCUACAACAUGGCUCUCAAACGACUCGAGUGUUUGGAGAGGAAAAUGAAUCGGAAUCCGGACCUGAAGCAGGCCUUAUGCCAACAAAUGAAAGAAUACCUGCUCAAGGGCUACACGCAUCGCGCAACUAACGAUGAAAUGGUUAGCGCAGAUAUACGACGAAUCUGGUACUUACAUCUUGGAGCGGUAGUAAAUCCGCGGAAACCAGGCAAGGUUCGGAUGAUCUGGGAUGCUAGAGCCACUGUGAACGGAAUAUCGCUCAAUUCCGUACUGUUGAAAGGACCUGAUCAACUGACCUCACUUCCAGGUGUUCUAGCUCGCUUUCGACAGUUCAACGUGGGCGUCUCUGCCGACAUAAAAGAGAUGUUCCACCAAAUAUACAUACGAAAAGAAGAUCGACAUUCGCAACGCUUCCUUUGGCGUGAUGAUCCUGCCAGUACCCCAGAUAUCUAUAUCAUGGAUGUAGCUACAUUCGGUUCGACUUGUUCCCCAGCAUCAGCUCAAUAUGUCAAAAAUAAGAAUGCCGAGGGGUUUAUAGAGGUUUAUCCUCGAGCUGUAGACGGAAUAAUUAAGAACCACUACGUGGAUGACUCUCUGGAGAGUUAUGAAUCUGUAGAAGAAGCAAUCAAAAUCUCAUACGAAAUGCGACUAAUUCACAAAUAUGGUGGUUUCGAGUUGAGAAACUGGCUAUCGAACAGCAGGGAAGUCCUGAAAAGUCUAGGCAAUACACAUCCUCGAGGAGACAAGAUAUUUGAAACAGACAAUCAAAGAGAAUGUGAGCGCGUGCUCGGAUUACUCUGGUUGACUCAGGAAGAUGCCUUCGGGUUUUCGACCGAAAUGAAACAGGAGAUUGACGACCUCAUCCGCAGCAACGAAUGUCCUACGAAGAGACAAAUGCUGAAGUGCCUGAUGUCGCUGUUUGAUCCUCUGGGUUUGCUGUGCUUCUUCAUAGUGCAUGGGAAGAUAAUGCUACAGGAAGUCUGGAGAUCGGGAGUCCAAUGGGACGAGAAAGUAAACGACGAAUUACAAAAAAGAUGGCAGAAAUGGACUGGCCUCUUCCAGAAUGUCCGACGUUUCAAAAUUCCGCGUUGCUAUUUUACUGGUGCUACGAAAGAGCGUUAUGAUGACCUACAACUCCACGUCUUUGUUGAUGCAAGUGAAUCUGCGUAUUGUGCUGCGGCCUACUUCCGAACGAUGAACAAGAUCGGCUCCCCUGAAUGCGUCCUUGUUACAGCAAAAACAAAAGUAGCUCCGCUUAAGACCCAAUCGAUACCACGAUUAGAGCUGAUGGCUGCGGUUUUGGGUGCACGUUUGAUGCAGUUUAUAGAAGAGGUUCACACAGUGCGUGUAGUACGAAAAGUGUUGUGGAGUGAUUCGGCUACAGUUCUUUCCUGGUUGUGGGCAGACCAUCGUAGAUAUAAACAGUUCGUUGCUUGCAGAAUAGGAGAAUUGUUAACAAUCACAGAUGCAGAGAACUGGCGUUGGGUCGCAUCGAAGCAGAAUCCGGCAGACAUUGCGACAAAGUGGGGCAAAGGUCCGGAUUUGAUGGCAAAUAGUAUCUGGCUCAAGGGGCCUUCAUUUCUACAGCUAUCGGAAACAGAGUGGCCAAGGGAAAGAAGAUCUGCAUCAUCAACAGAAGAAGAGCUGCGCCCCUGUUAUGUUCACGAGAAAAUUAAAAUUCCAGAACGUCUUGUAGAGCUGGAGCGCUUUUCGCAGCUUAACCGAGUGAUUCGGGCAACAGCCUAUGCAUUUCGAUUCAUAGAAAACAUCAAACGGAAGAUCAAUGGCCAGCUGAGAUUCUUAAGACCAUUAACAUCAGAAGAGCUACAAAAAGCGGAGCGACUUGUUAUCCGAGAAACGCAGUGGCAGUGUUUUCCGGACGAGAUGAUGGUGCUGAAACGCAACAAAGCAAAACAAAAUGACGAGCAAACAUCAUUGGAAAAAAGCAGUAGUCUCUAUCGAUUGUGUCCCGUCUUGGAUGAAGAAGGCAUUAUUCGUGUAGAUGGCAGAAUAGGAGCAGCUCCGAACGUUCGAGAAGAAAUGAAGUUCCCAAUAAUUUUACCCAGAAAGCACAAAUUUACUAGACUGCUGUUAGACAGUUAUCACCGUAAAUAUUUGCACGGCAAUGCAGAGACGGUAGUGAACGAGGUUCGUUAA